AUGGAUGACAUCGCAGCUGCCGUUGCGGCGGCGGCCGCUGCUGCUGCGGUAAGCUCCGAGCAGUCAACCAUCAUUGGCAUGCCCAACUCUUCUUCAGCUGCUGAGUUUCCAGGCUACUGGCUGGGUUCCAACCCCCGGUGUCCUGUGGUCAAGCACGAAACACCGCCACCUGCCGUAGAAGCCCCUGCCUCAAAAAUACUCGUCAAGCGGUCACGGUCGCCACUCGAAGCCAUGGAAGAGACGAGAGACGAGAAACGAAUCAAGACCGACGGUGGCAUUGAUUUGGACGAGAUCACUCGUCUCAUUCAAGAAGCAGAGUCUGCCCCGAUGAACUUAGAUAACCACGAUAUUCUCGAGGGUAUCAUGGAAAGUCUAAGUCAAGUGCCUAACGGCCUAUCAAAUGGGUUAUCCGACGAACAUAUACCAGGCGAAGGAGCGGAUGAGAUACCGUCCAUCGAAACGACGCAAUCAGUUCAGCUUGGGCGGAGUACUAUUUGGAGUAAUCCAGUAGGGUACACACGCCGAACACUUUCUUUGCCGGCUCUGGGCAAGGCAGCUGUCGAAAUUAUCAAGGCAUUGUGUGAGCAGCCAAUCGAGGAUACGAUCAGUAAUUUGAACGAGGAGGAGACUGCUGUCACGCAAGAGUAUAAGGGCCUCAAGUCGUGGUUUGACAUGCUCCGAAACCACUUCUCUAGCGCUUUCCCGCUCUUGAACGCCGACCACCUGGGGAUCACCGGAUCAGAAGACCGAGAAAUCAUCCGAAUGGCCAAUCUGGCGACAGCAUGUGCUAGUAUGUUUGGUGCUCACGAGUUGGGAUGGCCUGAACUUGACAGUUACUUUCUGAGUGUGUUCGUUGCGAAGGAUCAGCCAAUGCCCUCGGAUGUGGCAGAUUUGUGGACGCAACUCAAGACUCAAAUAUUUGUCACUUCUCUGGAGACCGACCCAGAGACAUCUAUAGAUCAACUGCUUGACGACAUCUUUCCCGCCGGGCUUGAAGACCAACUAAAGUCACACCACCCCAACCUGAGUCCAACGGCGGCUGAAAUCCAAUUUCUCGAUGUUGCAAGAUCGCAAAAGAUUAUUCUCCUGAACGGGGCAAGGCAGCCUGAAGCUCGCAAGAUUCUUGCAGAAGAAAACACCUAUGUGUCUUUUCUUGACAGCCUCAACACCUACCUCGAUACGAGUAGAGAUAUUAUCGAACGGAUCGCCACUGGCCAGACUAGCCCGGCACCUGCAGCUGACAAUCCUGAAGGUGAAAACACCCAGCCACAAGAAGAUACUGGCUUUAGUAUGGAUGGCUUCGACGACUUCGAUUUAGCUGCUGUUGUUGCCGAAUCUGCCCAGCGUGCCCUUGAAUCAACCAGGAACGACAACGAGAACAAUAUGGAUGAAAUUGUUGCUCAUUUGAGGGAUGCCCAGACCGCUCACGAAGUUCAAGAGCUCCCUUCAGCGCUGAGCUCUACUGUAGAUCGUGCAUCAGAGACUACACGUCGAGCUUUACAGAGCAUCCACCAAAACCAGUAUUACCCUACUACGGCUCCUCAAGCAACUGCCCAAUCUGCGGUUGGUCAAGAGCAGCCUUAUCAACCGCAACAGCAACAAACACAUGCCCACCCACAUUAUCAUCAAUAUCCUCAGCAGCCAACAGCAAAUAUGCAAUCUUCCUAUCAAAACGGGGUGCUCAACCAGGGGGGACUACCUCCGAAUCAGACGGCGACAACUUCCGAGCUCUAUGAACGAGCGAGACAGAAACAUGCACAGAGAAAUACUCAACAAACCCGUCAAACCGGCAGCCAGUCGACAAGGCGACCAUGGAGUGCCGAAGAAGAAGCAGCUCUUAUGCAGGGUCUUGAUAUUGUUAAAGGCCCACACUGGUCACAAAUUCUCGGGUUGUUCGGAACCAACGGAACCAUCAGCAAUGUCCUUGCAGGCCGCAGUCAAGUGCAGCUGAAGGACAAAGCACGAAAUCUGAAACUUUUCUUCCUCAAGGCUAAUUCCGAGAUGCCCGUUUAUUUUCAGGGCGUUACCGGCGAGUUAAAAACGAGAGCACCGGGUCAAGCAGCCAAGAGAGAGGCCGAAAAACGGGCCAGGCAAGAGUCGCAUGAACAGCAAUCGCAUGUGGAAGGUAUAAAUAUUCUUGCGAAUGGCCUCCAGGAUCAUCCACGACCCAACGGCGUAAUGCCUGCCCCAAGAAGUGCAACGCCUGGCCAACCACCACCACGUCAUGGUUCGCAUCCUGGGACGCCGAUGGCACAUCCGCAACGACCGCCGAUGCAGGCGCCCGUCAUUCCAACAGCACAACCCGUACAACUUCCUAAUUUCUCACGUGCUCAACAUCCUCCCCAACCCCAAGCGCAGCCACAAACACAGCAGCACCCCUCACCGCCGCAACAACCACAAACUCAACAACAACGACAGCACGAACAACCUCACCAGUCACAUCAUCAUCAUCAGCAGCAGAAUCAGCAGCAUCAGCAACAUCAAACCCAACAUCAGGAGCAAUCUGACGCUUUUACGACGGCUCCAAUAGAUAACGGAGUGGAACAACAGCAACAUAAUGGCAUUGCCAGCGCCGACGAUGUGAGCGCAGAGGAUGCUGCGAUUCUUGGUCAACUCAAGCAAGCAAUGGAGUUGGAGCAAGCAUUGGCCGCCUCGCAGCAGCACGGCAGCAAUUAA